AUGGGCCAUUUGGAGCCAUCUCGCUCUCCCUGGAAUACACCAAUCUUUGUUGUCAAAAAGAAAUCUGGCAAGUGGCGGCUCUUACACGAUCUCCGCGCAAUCAAUCGCCAGAUGCAGCUGAUGGGGUCAGUGCAGCGCGGCCUCCCGCUUCUGUCCGCUUUGCCUAAGCAUUGGCAACUUCUUAUUGUUGAUAUUAAGGACUGUUUCUUUUCCAUUCCGCUACACCCCAAUGAUCGGGAGCGUUUCGCUUUUACGCUUCCAUCCCUUAAUCAUCAGGAGCCUGAUCAGCGAUACCAGUGGAGGGUCCUGCCUCAGGGGAUGGCUAACAAUCCUACCAUGUGUCAGCUGUAUGUGGCGGCAGCAGUUUUCCCUGUGAGGCAGGCCUUUCCCUGUGUCCAGAUUCUCCAUUAUAUGGAUGAUCUUUUGCUUUGCCACUCUGACCCCUCAGUGAUGCACAAAGCCUAUGCCGCCUUGUGUGACAGCUUAUCUUCUUUUGGCCUAACUUUUGCCCCAGAAAAGGUCCAGGAAGGCGAUGUAGACACCUUCUUGGGGGCUCGUAUCGGUCCCUCUUCUAUUCGACCCCAAAAGAUUGAAAUUCGAAAAGAUUCUCUGCACACUCUAAAUGAUUUUCAAAAAUUACUUGGCAACAUCAAUUGGAUUCGCCCCUUCUUACAUCUCCCAACCUCUGAGCUGCGCCCUCUGUUUCAAAUAUUGGAGGGUGACCCUGAUAUACUGUCCCCCCGCGCUCUGGUUCUGGGCGCAGCAGCAGCACCAUGCGACAGCCGCGUGCCUGUCCCUCGGGCCCCUAAUACUGCUCACGCACCUGUAGCUGCCUGCCAGCAGCCUGGUCAUCUCAGGGACUGCCAGGUGUAUCCUUUAUCUCUGGGAGAGGUCCAGCUUGGGGUGGCGGAUAAGGUGUCCUGGCACUCUGAGUACAAGGACAGCGCCCGGAUCUUCCUGGGAGGGCUUCCUUAUGAACUGACUGAAGGGGACAUCAUCUGUGUUUUCUCACAGUAUGGGGAGAUUGUUAAUAUUAGUCUCUUGCAGGACAAGAAGACCGCGAAAUCCAAAGGAUUCUGUUUCCUCUGCUAUGAAGACCAGAGGAGCACAAUUCCGGCCACCAACAAUUUUAAUGGGAUCAAGAUUAAAGGGCAAACUAUCUGAGUGGAUUGAGUAUCUAACUAUCUGGUAUCUAACCAUCGGGCUCCUAAGGACUCAGAAGAACUAGAUGAUGUGAAGAAAGAGUUCCAAGAGAAGGGCUGUGAGGCUCGUACCUCCUCACCGAGUUUGUCUGAGGGCUCUGAAGAUUACACACCCACAAAAAAACGAAAAAAGGAAAAAAAGAAAAGAAAGAAAGAAAAGGAGAAGCCUGCCCGGGGAGUACAGGCAGAGCAGCCGCCCUCCUCUUCAUCACCCGGAAGCAAGGCAAUAAAGGAGAAGGAUGACCCUGGCCCUAAGAAGCACAGCAGCAAGCAGUCUGAGAGAGUUCAGAAGCCAGAGUCCAGGGAGGGCCGUAAGGGCUACUCGGGCUCCCCUCAGGCCAGGACCGCCUGCCGUGGUGGAGCAGGGGACCUGGACAGGGAGUCGAAGAAGGAGAACCCCAGACAUGAGCACAAAUCCUCAAGCAGGAGGGAGGCAAGAGAAGAAAAGAACAGGGAUAGGGACAGAGGGCGAAGCUCAGACACACAUUCUAGCCGGCACAAUGGGCGUUCUGAAGGGCGUAGUCAUAGAGGUAGAAGUAGGAGCCCUGACAAAUCCCACAGGCAUAAGAGGGCCCGGCGCUCCCGGGAGCGGGACUCCUCCAAUCCCAGGGACCGCAGGCAUCACUGAAGCCUGUUGAGCUGCUCAGUAGAUUUGGA